AUGAAGUUCCAAUCCCUCACUCUCGGAGCGGGUCUUGUGGGGGCAGCAUAUGCAAGCACCCUCAAAGACGUUUGCACUACCACCCACGCCAAAUCCGCUUUGCCCAAGAGUGGCUUUGUGAAUGGUAUCUCUAUUAAGUCAACGACUAUCACCGCAUCCCCCGUAUACAACGCUUCUGUAUCGGGGCAGGUCUUCUUUCCCGACGCCACAUUCGACUAUUGCAAUGUCACUUUCGCGUACUCCCACACAGGCCGCGAUGACCAAGUUCAGCUAGAGCUCUGGCUGCCAUCGCCCGAUAAAUUCCAGAACCGUUGGCUGUCAACUGGUGGAGGAGGCUACGCGAUCAAUUCAGGCUCGAACUCUCUUCCCGGAGGAAUCAUUUACGGCGCCGCCGCCGGUAUCACUGAUGGCGGAUUUGGUGGAUUCGAUGCACAGUUGGAUGAGGUGUUCCUUCUUGCCAACGGCACCAUCAACCGCGAUGCCCUGUACAUGUUCGGCUACGAAGCCCAUCACGAGUUGACCUUGAUUGGCAAGGCAUUCACCAAGAACUUCUUCGGAACACAAGACAAGCUCUAUGCCUAUUACCAAGGAUGCUCCGAAGGUGGCCGCGAAGGCUGGAGUCAGGUCCAACGCUACGCAGAUGAAUGGGAUGGUGCUGUUAUUGGCGCUCCCGCUAUGCGAUACGGCCAGCAGCAGCCUAAUCACCUGUAUCCCGACAUCGUCGAGCAUACAAUGGGCUACUACCCGCCUCCUUGUGAGCUAGAGAAGAUCAUGAACAUGACAAUCUCCAGCUGUGACAAGCUUGAUGGUCGUGUAGACGGAGUCGUCUCACGAACAGAUUUGUGCAAGUUACACUUUAACUUGAACACUACUAUUGGAGCUUCUUACCACUGCGCUGCCUCGUCGUCUACCAGAAAUCUGAAGAAGCGCGCCUUUAUCUCGAGCAGCACUCCUGAACAAAGUGGAAAGGUCACUGCCAAGGGUGUCGCUAUCGCCAGCAAGAUGCUAGAGGGUCUGCACACCCUCGACGGAAAGCGUGCUUAUGUCUGGUACCAACCUUCUGCAUCAUUCGAUGAUGCCGCAACCCAAUACAAUAGCGAGACUAAAAAAUGGGAGCUGGACAUCACCUCCUUCGGUGGCGAAUGGGUCAAGCGUUUCUUGGAAUUGGAGGAUGUCGAUAACAUGUCCACUCUGCAAAAUGUGACUUACGACACAUUGGUUGACUGGAUGAAAUUGGGUCAGGCUCGCUACGAAGACGUUUUGCAAACCACCAUGCCUGAUCUGACCCCCUUCCACUCCGCCGGCGGCAAGGUUCUGCACUUCCACGGCGAGUCCGAUAACAGCAUCCCGCCUGGAUCUUCCGUCCACUACCAGGAUUCAGUCCGCAAGACCAUGUACCCUGAGAUGUCUUACAAGGACGGUAACCGCGCUCUCGCUGAUUGGUACCGUCUGUAUUUGAUUCCCGGCGCUGCGCAUUGCAACACGAACUCAUACCAGCCCAAUGGUCCUUUCCCCCAGACAACGCUGGAAACAUUGAUUCAAUGGGUUGAGAGCGAUGUUGUUCCCCAGAGACUAAAUGCAACUGUUCUUCAGGGUGACCGCGAGGGCGAGAAGCAAGAGAUUUGCACCUGGCCGCUGCGUCCUCUGUGGAAGAACAACGGAACCAUCAUGGAUUGUGUCUACCACCAGGCUUCCAUUGAUACCUGGACAUACAACUUUGAUGCUUACAAGCUUCCUCUCUAUUAG